AGGGACAUCAUGCAGGACAAUGCACUUGUAAACCUUACGGGUCUCGAUGGGCACUGUAUGGCGAUUGACCUUAAUAUUGAGCAUCUCAUCAAGUUCUUGAAGGCACAACCUAACCCUGAUGGAUGCACUACCAAGGGUAUCUAUUCCACAUGGGAUCGCCUUGGUGAUAUCUCUGCAACUGUUGCACUGCUUCAAAACAUCAAGAAACAAGUUGGACGUGCACUUGGUACCGCUUAUUCAGGCACAACUCACACAACUCCUGACACAUCCGCAUCCACCUGGAAAGUUGCUAACAAGAUCAAUGAGCUUUCACUCCAGGUGUUCACCCCCGAUCGAGAGGAGAAUGACUCUGUUAAGCCUAUGGUCAACAUUCUUUGGGAGGGUGAGCGAAAACUGAAAUCCUUGACACUCACAACAUUCAAUAAGAAGGUGCAAGUGAUGUUAGUGGGUGGGGGAUUCGAGCCUGAGGAAGACGAGCUGUCAGCAGCUUCAUUUGACUUAACAGAUGUCGUAGCAGAAUGA